UUUAAUUUAAUUUAAUUUAAUAAAAUUUAAAAUCUUGUGAUAAUGCCUGCGGAUAUCGCUGAUAUUGUGAAUAUAAUUGAAACUAAUGUGAACAAUGAACAAAGAUUUGUAAGUGACGCAGAAGAGGUAGCAGUAAAGCACUUCUCAACCAAUGCUGGAAGUGGCAGUGGCAGUGGCAGUGGUGGAUCGAUGCGUCUAAGCAAGGAUACGGCUGAAGAAAUUUUAUUUGCCGAACCAACAUUUUCGGAACGUUUCAAACGUUACUUAGUGGUUGUGAUAUAUUUUUGUGGUCUAUGUGGUUUGGGUUUCUUUCUCUCAGUAUAUCAUUUAUUUUUCUGGGACUCAAAAAUGCCACCAGUUUACAAACCCACCAACAAAAAGCCAGUACACAUUUACUAAAUGCAAAAUAACUAAAGAAACAAAAGGUAAUUCCAAAA